AAAUCUCUCUUUCUAUUUCUCUCUCCGUGUCGAAGACAAGUGCGGUUUGGCCGACAAAUAAGAGUGAUAUCUCUCAUUUCAUAUGUCCGCUUUUGAUUUUGAUUUUUCAGAGAUCGAAGAGAGAAAAGUGGGCGAUUUUUUCUUGGGUUUCUUCUGCUUUCACUUUCCCUUUUUCCCUCUUCCUCUAAAUCCAUGGAUACGCCCCAUUGGCCACAGAUGGAAGGAGCAGGAGCAGGAGGUUCAAAGGGUAAUUUGUUGGAGAGAAAAGCUCGGCCUGCGAAGGAGGAAGCACUGAAAUGUCCACGCUGCAAUUCCAGCAACACCAAAUUCUGUUACUACAAUAAUUACAGCCUCUCUCAGCCACGCUAUUUCUGUAAGGCCUGUCGCAGGUACUGGACCGACGGCGGCUCCCUCAGAAAUGUUCCUGUGGGCGGCGGCUCACGCAAGAACAAAAUCAGGUCUGAUCACAAGAUCAAGAUCAACGGCUCCGAUCAAAACCCUAAAAUCCACCAUACCCAGGAUCUCAAUCUCGCCAUCCUCCCUUCUUCAACUUCUUCUUCCUCUUCUUCUUCUCACAGCUUGCUGCUGGGUUCUUUCAUGGCCGCGCCCAGCGCCGGCCUGGGGUUUUCGCUGGAGGGGUUUGAAAAUAGUGGGUAUGGGAAUCUUCAUCAUCAUCAUCAUCAACAUCAACAUCAACAUCAAGAUCAGACGGCUGCCAUGUUUCCAAUUGAGGAUUUGAAGCAACCCAAUGGAGCAGCGGCAGCAGCAGGGGCUGGGUUUGAGCAUGGAGGAGGGGAAUCAGGCGGUGGUUUUUGGAAUGGGAUGUUGGGAGGUGGAUCAUGGUAAUAAAUUCAAUUCCUUCUAAUUUCAACCCCUCUUAAUUUACUUUUACUUUAGAAGGAUGAACAGAAUGGUGUGCUUUUUUUAGAGCUUGGUGUUGUUUUGGUGGUGGUGAAUCUGAAUUAAUCUGGUGAUGGGGGUGAUUUUUGUUUGGAGUUUGAUGGAGAAAACUAACAAUAGGGUUAAUUUUUGUGUUUCUUCUUCUUCUUCUUCUUCUUCUUCUGUUCUUGGUGUUUAUUAUUAUAGAUGUGGAUGGUUUUGAAGCUUUGGUUUUAGGUCAGCUUCAAAAGAUUUGCAUGUUGGAAUAUAAUGGUGUGGAAUCGGAUGUGUUUAUAAAGACUCCAUUUUAGCUCCUCAGCUAUAUAUAUUAUACAUAGUAAUGGCUAUUGGCUUCCU